AUGCUGACCAUACCCAGAACGUUUCAUGUGCCCGCUAAAGAAAAAGCCGUUUUCACCAAUGAAUCUGACUCUAGCGGCAUCCUGGUAGAAUAUUGCAAGAAGCCAUGGUCCCACAUCUCCUAUUGGGAAUGCAAUCGUCACAUCGGUCACAAAUGGCUCCCAGUUCUUACCUCGGCGCUAGUUGUUCUCAAUGAGGAGUUGUGUCCUGUUCCCGUUCCUGAAAAGGCCAGUAAUCAUGAAGUCUGGUCAAAACAGGGCCGUCUUUGUCUAGACAGGCUUGUCCGCCGCUCGGCAUCACCCCGGCCGUUCAGCGAAGAUCCCUAUCUCAAUCGGAAGAAAUGUAACCAGCCAAUACCGUACUCAUCCUCACCCACGAAACAGCGACGUCGCCUAUCACACGACGGGAUAAGUCUCCUGCUUUUGCCCAAAGGACAAAUUCUCCUCACAAACAAAACACUCACUACACCCAUCUUUGUAGCUUCACCGUGUUUCGUACAGUCAGGUAACCUGAUUGCAAGUGACUGGCCCGUCUAUCGCGUGGCGCCAGCGUGCUCGUUAGUGGUCUUUGACACACGGGUCUAUGAGGACCGACUCACGGAAGCAUGCAAAAAUACACCUUGGCCAGGCCAAUCGCUCUUUGGGCCCGUUCUCCAUAUCAGCCUCGGAAAGGGUUGGGGCCCGGCCUAUCGUCGUACCGACUUCACCCAUUGUCCGGCGAGACUGGAAAUUUGGCUUAAUCUUUCCACGAUCAAAUCACAUACUUCUAUUGAAGUAUAG